GUUCUACUGAUCGUAGGGAUAGUGUUAUUAUUCGCGUCGAAGUUCGCUGUGGAGUUCAGGUGUUCCGCAAGUAAAACAAAAAAUAGUAAAAGACAUUUCCGUUAGUUAUUGACAGAAAACACAUCCGUCACCUUGACAACAGUUUUCCCUUGUACAAAGUGCCACUUGUUUUGGCAACUGUUUUACUUUUCGGUUUUCCUGCCUUUGAUCGUCGUCGGUCGAUUGCCACUUUCGCUUUCGACGAAUGAUAUCAAAAUAACAAGAGAAAUAAACGAGUUGGAACAAAAUCGGGGCCAGGAAAGAACGUCUACAGUGUGACCAAAAAAGGGGUGGAGGACGCGCUAUUGUUUGUUGCUGCACGUUUAAAAAAAAUAUAGAUAUAUUAUUGUGUACCUACCCGAACGUCUGCUACAUGUUUAUACAUAUAUUUAGAUAAUUGUGCUGGACAUUUGCCACAUAAUUUCGGACUACUAUCAUACCUGCCUACUAGAUGCGAUGAAAGAAAACAAUGUGGUGUGUGGCAGAUAGCAACGCGAUACCAAUUAUCUAACGCAAUACCACUACCCCCACACGACCAACUGCAAAUGGGUGCUCUGAAACACGCCAGAAGCUUCAGCAACGAAAUGAGCCCUUCGCCAGGGAGUCAACAACCUAUGAGUUAUCCUUUGGGCAGUAACCCCCAGAGCUUUUACGUGCCCAAUGUUCAUCAGGGUCUACCCACCCUCAUAGUUAUGAUUGUUGUACUCAUGAUUAUAUUAUUAUUCUGCUUCUGGGGAGCACCAGCAGUACGCUCUUUCUGCAAACGAAAGAUUUGCUGCUUUUGUCCUAUGGACGAACCCAACAUGGACCAAGGGUACACAACCUCGCCAGCAACGCCUACAAUAAUCCUUUUACCUUUCGGUCGUAUGCUGGUGGUGGAUCGUCGAAUUUUCACCCAACUCCAGGCCGACUACUCGGGCAUCGAUUUCAUGGAAUUGAGCGCCAACAUGAUCCGAAACAGGCACCGCUUCGAAGGAAGCUCCGCUAGCGUCCUAGAUUCCGAGAGCGCGUACAAGAUGCGCUCCUUCACAUCCAUCAAUUGUUUCCCGCCGUCAUACGAGGACAUUUUCGGCACCAAAAACUGUGAUCUUCCUCCGUCCUACAGCGAGAUCAGCAUGAUGCUGAAAACCAACGAUAAAAAUCCGCCGCGCAGCGCGAACGAGAACGCGUCCGUUAUCAGAAACCGUCUUCUUUGGACCAGCGUUGAAGUUCUAAAGAAAAGCUUGCACAACAUUCAUCAGCAAACUCAAACGAACAUAUCAAGAAACAAUCGAUUUUCUAAAAGUAUGAACGAUCUAGAAAUAUUAGGAAGUAGAUUAGACCGAAGUAGUUCGAUGAAUACAGUAUUAAAUCGUCAUUUUAUUCGCGGCAAGUCUAGUCAAAAACCGUUCGAAAUCGCCAGCACUGAAGCCCUUAAUACGUGUAGCACCUCCGACUGUUCAAAUAAUAAUAACCGCAAUCAAAAUCGCUUUCCUUUAUCACCAAUGCAAAACCUUUCGAACCAACAAGAAACAGUUUUAGAAGCAGAAUCUCAUCGCAUCGAAAUUGUCGAAGAGAAUUUUAUCCCACUUGGAUUAUCACCACCAAAUGACGAACGCAGAAAUGUUAUCGUUUAUCACAACAACAGACGCGACUGCUCCGCGAUAAAUAUCGAAGAAAUAACCGAACGAGAAACUUGCCUUUAAGUUCAUUUAUAGUUAGGUUAUCUAAUACGUGUAGAUAGAUAGAAUAAAAAUAGACAAUUUUGUGCAGUUGCCGAUAAAAGACGUAAUUUUAUAGUUUCGAUUAAAUUUAACAUUAUAUGGAUAUGUAUAUGUAUGUAUGUAUGUAUGUAUAUAAAGCUCAAAUAAGUUAUAUUCUUUUGCGAUAUAAGUUGUUAAUUAUUGUUACGGUCUGUUCACUAUAUUGUUAUCAAUUAUUAUUAUUAUUAUUAUACAA